CUGUCAUUCCCAAAAUCUCAAACAGGCCUUUUCAAAUUAUCCAGCAUAUGGGUGUAAUCGUUAUUCCUUCCAGUGUUUGCUCGGAUGAGUCUCGAACGCUGAUCGACAAAUUGGCUGAAGGCACUAUCUACAACCAUAAAGGAACAUACUCUGUACUGGCCAUUUCUGGACCUGGAAGGAAAAUACCAAAGUCUGAAUUGAAGAUAAUUCGCGCCUUGGAGUUCAUUGGAAAGACAAGCAUGUGUCUAUGUGAGCUAGAUUACAUAUGUAAGAUGACUUCCGAUUUCUUCUUUAGAGUACCAUGUCCUCAUUGUUGCCCUCAGGAGCUAAAGUCUGACUAAAAACUCCUGAUAAAAGCGCAAGAGCUUCAUCGAGUGGACCGAUCCACAGAUGCACUCCCACGAUAUCGUACAAUCUUCUGGAACUGUCAUGAUUAUGCAGUCAAUCUUGCCAUCCUCAUCAUGGAUAGCUUCCCUCCACCGCCAGCUCUCGUGAAACUAUAUAGAAUGGUAGAAGAUUCUAAAUCUGCCUUUUGCCGAAAACACGAAGAAUGUGCUUUGGCUAUGAUGUUGGUCGCUCUUUGUAUCGCAUCAUUUUUAUGUGUACUGGAUCUCCUCGGAUACACCUCGGCACAUAUCUUCAUUCUGUCCGUGCUUUUGUCAACGACACUUUGUGAUGCAUAUUAUGUUAUAUGGAGGCUUCUGCAGGUUGAAGCUUUGCAGAUGCGAGACACUUGGAUACAAAUCCUUGGGCAACGUUUUUCUAGACUAUCUGCCUUCCGUCAGGGGAAUCUUGCCAAAUCGUCAAUGAUCAGGGAGCCCUUGUGGUUUCCAAGAGGCUAGGAAAACAAAACACCCAUGGCGCCUUUGUGCUGCCAUUCCCUGUUUCAUUAGCGUUCCUGGAAUUUUCUUUUUUCUUUUUUCUUUUUUCUUUUUUCUUUUUUUUUGUUUUUGCUUUUCGUUUUUUCUUUUCUUUU